AUGUUAUUGUGGUUAUAUAUAAUUAUUAUCUGGCAGAUGAAUAUAUUUUCAUGUGGUCAGUUUAAUAUAUAUAAUACUGAUGAUCGACAAGAUGGUUAUUGUCUCUUAUAUUAUGUAACUGACAGUAUGGUAAAAUAUUACGAACCAUAUAUACUUACUCAUCAGACAAUUUCAUAUUGUAUUCGAUCAACAACUGAAAAUAAUCUGAUAAGAGAAUUUGAUUUUCAUGAUACGAUUAAUAAUAAAAUGACUUUUAUUGAAUUAAGAAAGAACAACAUUACUAGCGAAAUGUUACUAUAUUGGUCAGCUACUUUCGAUUUGGCGGAGCGAUAUGAAAUAUUUUUGGAUAAUCUAUUAAUGAAUACAUCAUCUGAAAAUGAAGUAUUAUUAUACAACUGUACACCACCAUGGUUUGGACCUUUUUGUAACGUUGCAUUUGAUAUAGAUUCUGAUUUACCGUUGCAUACUAUCAUUAUGCUCAACGUUGGGUUGAAAAUUCAAGUACAUAACAAUAGACAAGUCACAUGUUAUAUACAUCUUAAAUGUGAUAGAUCACUCUGUUUAGACUGGCGUGAAAUUUGCGAUGGUAAAAUUGAUUGUUCAGAUGGAUCUGAUGAGUAUAAUUGUUGGCAAUUAAAAAUAAAUGAAUGUGCUGCAAAUGAAUAUCGAUGCCAUAAUGGUCAAUGCAUUUCUUCAGAAUUUCUUCAUGAUAUUAUACUCAAUCCUGAUUGUUUAGAUCGUUCAGAUGAAGGUACAGGUCGUACACAUCCAUCACCUUGUUCCCGAGAUCCUGCUUUUCGAUGUGAAGAACAUACAUGUCGACCAGGUGGUGAAGAAAAUUUUCCAUGUGGUGAUGGGCAAUGUACAGCACGAACAGCAAUAUGUCAAAAUGGUCGUGAUAGUAUUUUCCUUGACAAUCUUUGUGCACAUUUUAUAGCUUGUUUAACUUACUUCGCACACGAAUCAAUUGAUCCUAAAAGUUGUAAAAAAAUAUGUGCUAAUGGUACUUGUAUCAAAGAUAAUUGUCCUGAUCUAUAUCAAUUUCCUUCUGAACCAGCUUUAUUUGGGCAUGUACGUUUAUUAUAUCAAAAUAAAGAAGUUAAUACAUCGGAAUUUCUCUUGCCACAAUAUGUUUGUCAUAAUGAACAAUUAUGUAAAGAUUUUCUUCCAGCUACAAUAUAUAUUAAUGGUAUAUCUUGUCGUUAUAUUUAUGAAAUAGAACUAAGAAAUGAUCGUACAACUUAUAGAUUACAAUCAUUUCUAGAAGAUAUUCAGCAACUAUUUCGUGGAUGUUUAACAUUACCUAAUGAAUUAUUUUAUUGUAAUCGUUCAACAAUGUAUCAAUGUUAUAAUUCAAGUAAAUACAUUUCAAAACAUCAACUUGUUGAUCAUAUUCAAGAUUGCCCAUUUAAUGAUGAUGAAACGUAUAAUGAAAGUUGUUCACUUGUCGAUAUUCAUCAUCGCUUUCCAUGUUUUAUGAAUGAUAAAGCAAUUUGUUUGGCAGCAAUAACUAUUCUAGAUCGAAAACCAGAUUGUACUAGUGGAACGGACGAACUUUCAAAGGAAUUUGAUGAAACUGUAACUCAUAUUCAUUUUCCAACAAUAUGUGAUGGAAGAAAAGAGUUAAGAUCGAUUUUAAGUGAUGAACAAAAUGAAACUGAUGAAACCGAAUGUCAAUAUUGGCCAUGUAAUAAUACAUAUAGUAGAUGUAAUGGACAUAGGUUAUGUAGAAAUGGAGCUGAUGAAAUGAAUUGUCCAUCAUCGAUGUGUUCUCAAUUUGAACAAAGCUGUAUUUAUAUCAAUGAUACAUCAAAAGUAUCAUGUUUAUCAAUAAAUCGAGUUGGUAAUAAUAUCACUGAUUGUAUUGGUUCACCAGAUGAAGAAAAUCAAUGUUGGAAAACUACACAAUAUAGUGCUUCGUAUAAUUUUCGCUGUUGGAAUGAUACAAAAUGUGUUAAUCAAAAUCAACUUUGUAAUAAUGUAAAAGAUUGUCCAUUUGGUGACGAUGAAAUAUUAUGUGAGAAUUAUAGAUAUUCGACGUCUUCAUUAUGUGAUGCAAUUGAAGCAUCGAAUAGAACAGAUAUUGAAAAUUACUUUUGUAAUUUUUUUAAAUCAACUAUCCUACCACGUCAAGUCUAUUUUACAUUAAAAAAUAUGCCAACUUAUUCAUUUCAACAAAUAAGCAAUACUGUUACAAAAAGAUCAUUAAUUCAAUCGAAAAUUUUACCAAUUGACACUCCAUUUAUAGAAUUAGAUUGGAGAUGUAAUCGGGGUUUACGUAUAAAAAUUCGAUUAAAUUCUACCACAUCAAAAUUAUCCUGUCUUUGCUCACUGAGUUAUUAUGGAGAUAAAUGUCAAUAUCAAAAUGAACGAGUAAGUCUUACACUUGCAAUAAGAAUGACAUCAGAUUGGCAAAAUCUUUUAAUUUUUAUAAUAACAUUAAUUGAUAAUGAUGGAAUUAUUCAAUCAUAUGAUUAUAUUGAAUAUCUUUCAGUUCGAGAUUGUAAUAUUAAAUUUAAUAUCUAUUUACUCUAUUUAAAUCAAACAAAAAAUCUUUCAAAAAAUUAUGCUGUACAAAUAAAUGCAUUCAAUAAAUUAACAUUAAAUUAUCGAGCUACUUGGAUCUUUCCUAUUCAAUUUCUCUUUCUACCUGUAUAUCGACUAGCGAUUUUACUUACUGUUCCUUUUAAUGAUAUUCAACCAAAUGAAAAAUGUUCAUUGCCAUGUCUUCAUGGGAAAUGCUAUCAUUAUAUUAACAAUAAAAAUUUAACAUUUUGUCGAUGUAAACCUGGUUGGUCUGUUAUUGAAUGUAAUAUAAAAUAUACUUGUACAUGUGCAUUGAAUUCCUUAUGUUUUGCACAUAAUAUUUGUGUAUGUCCUAUUGAUCAAUAUGGUAAACGAUGUUAUUUUAAACAAUCUAUUUGUCAUUCAAAUAUAUGUAUGAAUGAUGGACGCUGUAUUUCGAGUGAUAAACGAUAUAUAUCAGAACGUGUAAAAACUCAAAUAUGUAUAUGUAAACAAGGAUAUUUUGGAGAAUUUUGUGAACAAGAACAAAUACAAAAUCGAAUUGAAAUAACAUUUCAUCAUUCAUUAAUUAUUCCAACAUCAUUAUUUAUACAUUUUAUAACAAUAAAUAAUAAUACAGAACAUACACGAAUGAGUAUAAUGAAAAAAAUUUCAUUUGAUCAAAAUUCUUUAAUAUUCUCUACAUCAAAUAUAUUUAAUAUAGUCUUUGCUGAAAUGUUUAAAAAUUAUUAUUUAAUUAUUUUACAAGAACAAACAAUUACAUCUGCUAAUAUAUUAACUGAAAUAAAUCCAUUAUAUCGAUGUUUAUCACUUGAUGAAUUAUUUAAUAAAACGUUUAUUAAUCAACAUUUAUUAAAACGUAUUAAAUAUUAUCAUAUACCAUGUCAAGAACAAAUUAAUUUAAUAUGUUUUUAUGAUUCAAAUCAUAUUUGUUUAUGUGAUCUAGCACGACAAACAAAUUGUUUUGAAUUUGAUCAUAAUGUAACAUAUGAUUGUCGAGGAUACAAUUUAUGUGAAAAUGAUGGUAAAUGUUUUCAAGAUAAACAAACAUGUCCAACAUCAGCAUUUUGUUCAUGUCCAGAAUGUUAUUAUGGAUCUCGAUGUCAAUUUUCUACACAACAAUUAAUUUUAUCAUUAGAUUUUAUAUUAGGUUAUCGAAUUCAUCAACAUGUUAACAUUAAUCAACAACCAAUUAUUGUUAAAUUUGCUAUUAUAUUAGCGACAAUUAUUUUAUUUACCGGUAUUAUUAAUAAUGUUUUCUCCUAUUUAACUUUUAUUAAAGGAGAAACACGAAAUGUAGGUUGCGGAAUUUAUUUAUUUGUAACAUCCAUUAUAUCAUUAAUUAUAAUAACUAUAUUUAUUAUUAAAUUAACAAUAUUAGUUUUAUCUCAAAUGCAUUUAUUAAAUAAUCGUCUUUUUAUACAUAUACAAUGUGUGAUUACGGAUUUUCUUCUUCGAAGUCUACUAAGUAUAAGUGAUUGGCUUAGUGCUUGUGUAGCUAUUGAACGAGCUGUAACUAUUUUAAAGGGAGCUAAUUUUAAUAAAAAUCAAAGUAAACGAAUAGCUAAACAAGUUAUAUUAUUUGUUUGUAUUCUAACUUUUUUAACUUAUAUACAUGAUCCAAUACAUCGGCAUCUUAUUGAUGAUGAAGAAGAACAACGGACAUGGUGUGUUAUUAAAUAUCCAUCGUCUUUGCAAAUAUAUGAUUGGAUACUUAAUGUAUUUCAUUUUUCUAUUCCACCUUUAAUUAAUUGUAUUUCAGCAUUAAUUAUUAUUAUUUAUGCUACUCGUACUCGUUCGAAAGCUCAAAAAAAAUUAUUAUAUAGACAAAUUUUACGCGAACAAUUUCAACAUCAUAAACAUUUACUUAUUUCACCAUGUAUUCUUAUUAUAUUAGCUCUUCCUCGUUUAAUUCUAUCAUGUUUAUCGGGUUGUAUUAAAUUAGCUCGUGAUUCUUGGCUUUAUUUAAUUAUUUAUUUUAUUUCAUUAAUUCCACCGAUGAUGACUUUUAUUGUAUUUGUUUUACCAUCAAAUAUGUAUAAAAAAGAAUUCACUGAUUCAGUCAAACGUUUUUGGCAAUAA